AUGGCAUCUCCUCAAGAGAUAAUAUUCGAGGACAAAGUCUACCUCGCGUUCAAAGACAUCUUCACAGGCCAACGCGCCGAAUUCCGCAAGGCCAAGGCCGUGCUACGCAUCGUCAGGAAGUACCGAAACCACAGUCCCGUCAGCUCCCUUCUCAAGACCGCCAGCCAGCAGGCUGUGUGCGAUUCGCUGUGUCGCUUGCUUAAAGAGGGGGUCUUUCAAAGCGAGGGACCUGCGCCGGUGGUUCCAGAGUCGCCUGCUUCAGAGCUUACUUUCCUUCGAGCUCCGAAUUCUGAGCCAGGGACUUGUUCAAAAAUGAUUCAUGGCGUGGUUCCGGAAUCGGAACCUGAUUCUAUGGAGGAGUACGGAGCUUUAUCCGAGUCCAGCGGCGACACUUUGGAGGAACUUGAGCUGGAGCUUGAGCCGGAACUAGACACGCCUGCGUAUUAUGAGAGCAGAUACCCCACCAAGAUAUCACAGCUCCAAGUUUCCCUCCCCCUCCGCAUUCAGAAUCUCAUCCUGUCUCGCAUGCAGGCUAUUCUGGAGCUUGCGUGCUUCGAAUUUGCCAAGGAAAAGAUGCCCGACAUCCUUGGUCGCCGCAAUUGGCGCUGUUCCAAGGCUGGUGAGCUGAAUCUAUGGGUGAGGGAGUUUAACAAGAAGAUCGCCUUGUUUAAGAGCAACGUCAACAAUCCUGGAGGUUACGAAAUUUCGGAAUGUUUCCAGACAGCCACACACAUCCGCCACUACGCCGUCCAUCGCAGACACCUCUCCACAGCCGAUCUCCAAUCCCUGGUAAAUAACGCCAAGGGCCUCUGCAAGAUUCUCGGAAACAGCCAGGCCUUGGCCCAGAUAGAAUCGAUUUGGGGAUAUGCGCAAGCCCAAAUCUCGAAGUUGGAAACUCUCAAGCAAGAUAUCGUUGUGGAGCUUGACAGUAGCCUUGACGAAAUAACUGCCCGACGGGCAGAGCUUGAUCUCUUGGAGGCAGCGAGGAUCGCCAAGGCUCAUGACAAGCUCAACGGUCACCAUGAUAUUGCAAGUGAUGAGUUGGAGAAGAUUCUCCUGGACAGACAGAUGGUUUUGAUGGCGGCUGGCAAAGGGGAAGAUAAGAGGGAGGGAGACAAAGCGGACGAAUCCGAUGCUCUUCUGUCGGAAGAACUGGACGCUCAGCCACCAGAGGAGGCCAAAGUCGAACAGUACCAGCCUUCAUCGGGAGGGCUUCACAUCUUGCAACAGCGCAUCAAGAAGAACAUGCUCUUGACUCAGAAGAUCUACAACACACUGAGCUCUCUGCCGACAUGUCUUCACGCCGUCCGCAGCUCACUUCUAUUGCUGUCGCCUAUCCUCUUCGGCAUUGCCGCUGCAUACAUCCUUGGGCUUGGUGGGAUGGAACACAUGUGGGGUGUGCUCUGGUGGGGUGAGUGGUGA